GUUUGUCUACUGCUGACCCCAGCAGUACCCUUCCACUAGCUCCACCACCCAGCGAAGCAGCUCCUUGCCAGUCCCGUCUGCCAGCAGCCGAUUCAGGUUUCCAGUAAGCGUUUCCUGCAUAUCCACACUGCCGUAUCGCUGCUGUUAGUGGACCAACUCGCGGUUUCGUUCUCGACCGACGUCCCGAUUGCCUCGCGUUCUCUACCGCGUCUUUUCUAGAGUAGUUUCACGACGCUCUAGCAGCAGUACCCUUCUCCCCCGCAUUGACACGCCAUGGCGAAACGAGAGCUGUCGGGCCGCCUGCAGCAAAUGAAGUUCAUGCAACGAGGCAAGCCCAAGGAGUCUCCAGCCACGUCCGCGGGCCCUGGAGCAACGACAGGAGCAUCGGGAUCAGCAGCAUUCAGAGGAAACGUCCAGACGCACGCGGCGGCCGCGGCUGCUAACAAGGCCGCGGAGGAGGAGCGGUGGUUUGCCCCUGCUGCCGCCGCUGCUGCUGCUGUUUCAAGGGGGCGCACGGGGACAGGCGGAGGGCAGCGAGUAACAUGUCGAGUGGUGGUGGAGGGUCAGCCGGACCCAGGGCGGCGCAUGGGGCGCAUGUCCUUCGGCAACUUCAAUAAGGACGUGGAGAACAUGGAAGAGGAAGGGCAGGGAGCAGCAGGAAACGAGGCACACGAGAGGUCACAAUCGGCAGCAGCUGCAGCAGCCGUUGCCAGGGCGAUGGACACAGGAGGAGCAAGACCCGCCAAGUCGAAGCCACUGAAGCUGCUUACCGGCGGCAGUGAAAUUGGCGGGGGUGGCAGUGGAAACAAGCGGCCUCGUGCCGCUGCUGCGGCGGCCGCAGCAGCAGGUUUUGAUGGUAGUGGUGGUAACGUCGGCAGUGGUGGCGUGAGUAUAAGCGCAGGAUCGGGUGGGGGGGGGGAUGCGACUGGUUUCUCGACUCCCCCUGUGGUUCUGAGCAGCGUAGCAGCCAAGGAGGAGAAGAGCCAUGUGAAAGAGGGGUGGAGGAAACGCAAGCCCACAGGAAACAGCUGAGAGGGGACGUGUUGAGUCUAUUUGUGAGGCGCCUCAAAAACUAGGCUUUUACUAUCGCGAGGGGAGAAGGUAAUGGAGUCCCUCAGGAAGCAUCUGCAUGAGGGAGGGUGAUGAAAAGGCACCAGUCGAGACCGUUACGGGUGGUGCAACGACACGGGUGGUGGAUUAGAGAAACUACUAACCAUCAAGGGUUAUUGGAGCACCCGGUCCGGUGCAGUGCUGCUGCUGCCCUUCGAUACCUGUAGAUGUUAUUGGGCUGAGAAAAAGCCCUUAGGAUCUUUUUGCAGAGACUAAGUCCCAGCUGUAGAGACUUUGAGACUUUGAAUAGUGCAGCGGAAGUUGAGGUAGUUGAACCCUUGUACUAGUAUGUGAGAACAAGUGAUUGA